AUGACGACCAUGUCGGAAUCAUGUAUGCGUUUGCAUUUUCUCUUGCUGUUCUUAUUCUGCUGUGUCUCUCCUUCAGGCUUCGCCUUCUUUUUAAAAAAUCCUGUUGUUGGUCUUGUUGCUUGCCGUCCCCACCAGAUUCAAGCCCUUACGCAGUUCAAGAACGAGUUUGACACCCGCCGUUGCAACCACAGUGACUACUUCAAUGGAGUGUGGUGCGAUAACUCCACAGGUGCGGUCACAAAGCUGGGACUCAGGGACUGUCUCACUGGAACUCUGAUGCCCAACAGUAGCCUCUUCAAGCUGCACCACCUCCGUUAUCUUAAUCUCUCUGGAAAUAACUUCAUCUCCUCUUCACUUCCGCCUGAAUUUGGAAAUCUCAACAGGUUAGAGGUCUUGUCUCUUUCGUCAAAUGGCUUCCUCGGCCAAGUUCCAUCCUCGUUUAGUAACCUAAGCCAACUAACCUAUUUAGACAUGUCCUAUAACGAAUUCAUUGGUAGUUUCCCACUUCUGACGAAUCUAAGCAUGCUCCAAGUUUUACAACUUACGAAUAAUCACUUUUCUGGUGUUCUGAAUCCCAACAGUAGCCUCUUUAAGUUGCACCAACUCCGUUUUCUUAAUUUAGGUUAUAACAACUUCAGCUCCUCGCUCCCUUUAGAAUUAGGAAAUCUCAACAAAUUAGAGUCUUUAUCUCUUCCCUCUAAUGGCUUUGUCGGUCAAGUCCCUACCACAAUUAGUAACCUUACCUAG